CGUCAGGUGACCUUGACCUUUGUAUUCCGUUACUUUGCUUUUUAAUAUACGUUUUACUUCUGUGUCUAGAUGUUCUCGUCAAAGCAAGGGGUGCAAGCCUCAGCAUUAUAUUUUUUGGCAUGCCUCGUGAUCUCACAGAUGGCCUCCAAGUGCUUCCAGUCCUACUCCGCCUCCAGUUCCGCCGCCGCAGCUCCUCCCGAGGGCGCUGACGACCAUGCGGUUCCUUCCAGCGCGCCACCUGGUGAUGCGGCCGACUACGACUCCAGUGACGACGGCGAUUACGUCUACCUGCCGAAGGGGAGGGACUACAUCUUGGGCAGAGAGGAUGCCAACGACGAAGAAUUCGAGUUGGACGCCCUCGAGCCGUCUGCGUUCGAGUGGCGGGCGGAGGAUAACGUUCCCAAGCGGUUCGCAUUCUCAGCUUGCUCUAGGGACUUGCCCCAGGGACUGACUGUCGACGAGUGUCUGUGGAGGUUCCGGCGCGACGGCGAGGUAUUCGGGGUGAAGGCGUACAGGCUGUGCGUGCGUGACGGCACGGCUCCGGGCUACACCAGCGCCCUCGAAAUUUACGCAGGCGAGAGCGAGGGCGACAUCCCCGCGCCUGGGAGGGUGGUCGUCGACCUCAUGGCAGCCGCCGGCCUCUUCGAGAAGGGCUACGAGCUCUUCACCGACUCGUGGUAUACCUCGCCGGCACUCUUCCGCUUCCUGCAGGGCCGGCAGACCAACGCCGUGGGCACCGUGCGCUCCCACCGUAAGCAUAUGCCGACGGACCUCAAGAAGACCCGCGACGAGGUGGUCCUCCGCAGCACCCCGACAGGCAUACUGUGCCUGAGAUGGUUCCGUGACAGCCGCGUCACCAUGCUCUCGACAGUGCACGAUGCCGAAAUCGUCGACGACCCGUCCAAGCCCGGGCUCACGGUGCCCAAGGUGGUUUCCGACAGCCGCCCCGCCAUGAGGAGAGCGAGGCAGCACGACCCGAUGAAUCCGCCGACCCCCGCCGUCCCAGAGGCCAUCAGCUGGUACAAGAGGGUGCUCUUCUACCUCCUGCAGGUGGCGGCGGCCAACGCCUUCUUCGUGCACGGGGCCCUCGGGGGAAAGAUGACCCGCUACUGCUUCAACAGGCAGCUCGUGGUCGAGCUCAUCCGGGGGUCCACCGGCAAGGAACCGCAGGCCUCGGCGUCCGCGCCUCCUGCAGGGCACCGUAGAGAGCCUCUAGUUUGAGUUCUGGUUUCUUUGUUUUGCUUUGUUUGUUUUUCGGAAAUGAAUGUGAAAAAAACUAGUUUCCUCUAAAACAAGGCUUUGCGUUAGAGGAAUUAUAAAAGAGUAAUUUUGCCUAAUAAGCUUUUAUCCUGCACCCUAAAUCAGGAAUAGAUAUUAAUGUAAUUGUGGAAAAUGUCAAAAUUCGUUUGUUCGUUGCUGCGCAGCAUAACUGCAAGGAAGCGAGCUUCAUUGGGCACCUGUUAUAUAGAU